AUGAGUUUGGAUAAGGCAAAGUGCAGCAUAGUAAAACUGUGAUUGAGCUGGAGUCAAGUAAACUUGGCAUUGGUUUUGUGAUGGGAAAGCCUUUGGUGUAAAAAUUGUAAGCAGAUUGAUAUAGUAAGUGAGCAGUAUGCGAUGUAUGUAGUAGCCUCUGGAUCAGGUUUCUUGUCGUGCUGCCGGGGAAAGUGAAAUUCAUAUGUGGAGAAAGUUGGUCUCUUCGAGUGUUAAAGUUUUUCAGGAGAGAUGAAAUUAGUAAGAAAUUAGUAAGAAAUUAGAAAGUUUAUUUGAUUGAGGGACAAAGUAUGGAAUAAUUUGUGGUUCUUCAUGUAAACGAAAUUAAGGACAAUGUUUGUGUACACGUAAUUCGGGCUGAUUAAGGGACAUGAUUGUUUGUAAAGAGAUUGAUAAAGCAGGAAUCCGAUUAUUAUUGUUUAGUUUGAAUUGACUACCUACAAAAAUGUGUAUAUAUAGCAAUUUUUUAACGUAACAAAAAUCAUUACGCCGUAGUAGUUCUGUGACUUUCACCGAGGUUUUAGUCCUUAAAAGUGGAGAUUUCCUGGAUAAUUUACCAGAAUGUCGGAAAAUGUUGAUUGUCCAGACUGCCAACUGCAACUUUUACAACAACAGCAACACCAAUCUCAGAAUCCACCCUUAUCUUCCAAUAAUUCGAUACCUUCGUCAUCUUCCACGACCCAGCAAACCGCAACUCCUGAUACUGCCUCGCUAGGUCAUCGUUCCUCCAUGGGUCAGGCUUCCGAAGUCGGCUAUCCUCAUAUGGGGAAAUCAACCCAUUACACACAAGUAGAAAGUUCCAAUCACCAUUAUCAGUUGUCAACGAUUCAUAACAUCCGAACCCCAUCAGCUUCUGGAUUAAAUAUGUAUCAUUAUGGGGGUGACUAUGGAUCAGGGUCUUCCAUGUCAAAUUCCUCCUCCAUGCAUCAAACAACGACAUCGCUACAAGGACUUUCUCCCUCGGAUCCAUCCAACCCUUCUUCAUCCAUUCCCAUGGCCAUGACUCAUACCGACCUUAAUUAUGGCAACGGGUCAAUUGAGUCCUGUGACUACAACGGUUACUGUUCGACUUGUGCUGUGCUUGACCUCCCAUCAAACGAAAAAUACUAUCACCGAUCUACAAAUCCCAGGACACAUGUCUUCCCCCCAAUUUUCUAUUCACAAGGACCUUCUUCAGUGAUUCCUGGUUUCUCUUCGAUAUCAGACUGGACGAAUGGAGAGUAUGCCAACCACUAUGGAUAUCCAGUCCAAUUCUCUCAGCCAACUGCUUCCACGGUGCCAGUGGGUCCCUCAAGUUCUGAGCUAGCCUACGGAUCUGUGAGCCACCCAAUGAGUCACACCCCCACCGGAACGAAUAAUCAUCUCAUGCCACCUUCAUUUGAUGUGUUCACCUCGCAUAAUACGUCUUCUUCGAUGCUGCAGCAUUCCUACCAAAAUCAGAGACAUGGUCAUGGUCAAGUCUCAUCAUCAACCUCAUCGUCGUCAUCCAUGCUGUUUUCGAGUGGCACGACAACGAUAGCACAUCCUCCAGUCGUCGCACACAACGCAACUAGUAGCAGCACCUCGUCAAGCCAUAAUAAUAACGUACCGUCGCUUCAUAUAACUGACAAUCCUAACAACAACAAGAUGCAGGAAUCACAUAACUCCUCAAACGAAACGAAGCAGCUUUCUAGUCCGAAGCCGACUUCUUCUUCUGCCUGCUUUGUAGCAUCUUCUCUUACUCCAACGAAACCAAAUAUUUCUAAUUCAAAUAACUCUUCACACCAGCACCACGCCGAGAUUCUUGAUAGCAGUGAUGCCGAGUCUUCGGGUGACUCGGACUGUGACAGCAGUCUGGCCUCAGAGGACAGGGAACUUAUUUCCGUCGUUGAGGAAGAUGACGACGACGACGAUGACGAUGAGACUGAAAGCACGAGGGUUCGACCUGGUGGAAAGUGUUUCAUUUGCCAUAACCUAAUUGAAAUUACGGACUGCUCAUCCCCACAACUGGCAAAAAUUCUAGAAAAUAUUGAAGACGAUAUUGAUCUGGACAUGACUGGAGACAUUGAAAUUGGAGGAAUGGAGGAUGAGUCGAAUCAGCAACAGUUGCACAAGAAGCGUCACGCUAGUGGACCUUAUUCUGGAAUGCUGAGCAGUUUCAGACUCAUGACGCUUCUUGGACUCAGCUCUAAGAGCGCAUUUGGACCAGAAUCGGGUGACAAUGAUGUUGCAAUUCUUUGUUUUCAAUGUGGCAAACUCGCCUCCAUGGCAGAUUCUUUAGAACGCCAAUUAUCUGCAGCAAUUCAGACUUUACAUCAUCAACUCAGGACCACGGCAGCAAACCUGGAUAAUUCCACAGAAGAAUGCACACCGCCUCACCACCAAAGUCUUAAUGGAUUGGGCAAAUCUACACAAGUGGAAGAGUGUGUUUCUCCGAUAGAAUUAUUCCAGAUUCAUAGCAGUCUUCACAAAGAAGUUCAAACUGAGUUGAUACAACACAUAAGCUGCGGAACGCAAAUUUGUCCAAGUAGUGCAAUUACCACAGAGAAAGUUAUGCAUGCUGAGACGCAAUGUUGCUCUAAUGAUUUCGCAAUCCUCUCAUUUGUUGACCAGAACUCGUACAAUUGCCUGCCUACUUCCUCAACUAAUGAGGAAGACUCUUCCCUCGAAGAUUCUCAAGAUUCAAGUGAACAAGAUGACCCUAAUUUUGAUAGCUCAAUUAGUUGUAUCCAUUCCAGUACCCCUCACAACACUGCUGAGGAAUCUUCAGAUAAUCUCAUUAAGACUAUAGAACCAUCACAAAUUCUGUAUCCUAACUUCUUGGCAGGUGAAAACAAUGUGGAAGAGAUGGUACCCCAACCUCAAAAUUCCUCAAGCGAAAAUAGCAAUAACUCAACUUCAUUGAACUCUAGUCAGUCCAAAUUAGACGAAUCUCAACCACUGAAUAAUAUCGCUCUCAACAACACCUUAUCAAAAUUGGACAGUGGUAGAGAACAAUAUUUGAGUGAAAACAACCAGGAAAUGAAUCGAGUUCAAAAUCUUUUUUCAUGUCAAAGCUGUCAUCGCAUAUUUAGCACCAAAUCAAAUCUUAGAGCACACAUCAAAAUUUGCAAAGCUCGAUUAUUGUUGGACCAAGAAGAGGUUGAGAAGAUUAAAGAUAUGAAAUGCAUGGAAUGCGGAGUUGGGUUUCGAAGCGUGUUACGACAGAGGCAGCACAUGGAGCAAGGAUGCAAACCGUUAAAUUUCAGGUGUGACAUGUGUCACAGGAGAUUCGCCAAGUUGUCAGAGCUCAAAUCGCACCUGUACGUUCACAGGGGCGAGAAGCCGUUUUCAUGCGAUAAGUGUGGGGCAUCCUUUGCCACCAAAGGCAAUCAAAUAGCACAUUCCAAGACACAUUCGGAAGACAAAAAAUUUCAGUGCAAUCAAUGCCAAAAAGGAUUUAAUAGGAAGUUUGCAUUAACAGUUCAUCUCAAUUGUCAUAAUGGUGUAAAACCGUUUCCUUGCAAUUUGUGUCCUUGCAGUUUUCCAGACCCGAGUUACCUCACGAAACAUAAGAGAAAAGCGCAUACGGAAAUUGAGAAAGGAAUUGUUUAGCUAUAUAUAUAUGCAGAUUAUUAUACUUUGAGAGAUUAAACUCUGUUGUAAUAAGGUGCCUGUACAACGGAUAAGUGACACACUAAUAAAAUGUCUUAUUUUUUCUAAUUUGCAACUAAAA